GCAGUACGAUACGCCAGAAGAUCUAUCGCCGCCCCGACGCUGGGAGCGAAGUCGCAGGUUUGCAAGCGAAAAUGCUUCACCUCCGCCGAGCCGUUCUCCGUCGCCGGAUCUUUCGCGCACUCGACCUCAGGAAGAGACACGACGCUAUACACGGGCGGCUUCGCCACGCAGGCGGGAGUGUACCCCAGGCUCGCGUGCCGCUGAAGGCCCCUCAGGCGCCAGCAGAAGAGCCAGAUCAAGAUCGAGGUCGACUGGCAGAAAACGCAGGGACUCGCGUCGGUCUCGAGAACGGCGUGGUGGGUCGCCAGAGUCGUCUCCUGGGCGGCGGUCACGCUCGCGCGCAGAAGCGCACGCGUCCGGGGAGGGAUGGGGCAGCCUGGACAUAAAAGGAAAAGGCCGCGCCGUCGACGUCGCGCGAGGAAUGGAAGCAGCAGGGACCUACACGCACCGCCAAACCGACCGCGGCUCUGAUCGUGGCGGAGCAGCGGCUGGCGAGGACAUCACCCGCGGUGCAACAGCUGCCGGCGGCCAAUCGGGUGUCGCAGAAAACAAGAGCACGGGGCCAUCAGCGGGCGCUGGGCUUGUUGGUCCAGGUGGGCUCGAGACGCAGGGCGGCACGGACGGUUCGCAGGCCGCGGCAGGGCAGACGAAGGAGGCGCGGCCGCCGGCGGCGGAUAGGGAUCGGCGUCCGCGGGUCGACCGCGAGAGGUGGAAGUCGCUGAACACGUACCUGGCUGGAGCGGCUACGGGCGCGUCCAAGCGUCCGACCGACGGCCAACAACAUUCUCCUCUCGACGCCCACAGCGUCGACCAGCCUGUCGAGCUGUCUAUCCGUGGUGCUGCUCGUCGCGGUGCAGACGCUUCGAGGCGAGCGCCUAACGACCACAUGUCGCCUCUGGCCUCAGAGCCUGUGGCCGGCGGCAAGCCCAUCGACAGGACAGCCACCGGCACGCCUGCGCUGCUGGCUGUGACGCCCAGCAUCGGCGGGACAAGUCCGCCAGAGGAGAACGCACGUACGAGCGAGGUCCUGGCCCGCACGCGGGCACGGCUGGCGCGGCUGAGGGCCGCGUCACCAGGUCAGCUGGACGCGGAGGAGGGAACGGAGGAUGUGCACAACGCGCCAUCUCCCCCUCCUCUGUGUACACGCCCCGGAAGCGGCACGCCGAUCGACGCGGACACCCACGCACGAAGCAGCAGCAGCGGCAACAACAACAACAACAGCACACCCUCAGCCCUGACACCCUCAGCCCUAUUACUAAUGGCACCGGCGGCGGCGACAACAACAACCGCCGCCGAAUCGCCGCCUCCCUCGACGACGACGACCGGCAGCCGCAGCCCUCGUGCUGGUGAAGGAGGGCCCGCGCGGACGAAGCAUCAGCAGCCCCUCGCGGCACCCACACACGAGCCCCAUCGGCAUCGGCAUCGCCAGCAGCACGCCCACCCCCAUCAUCAUCAUCAUCAUCAUCAUCAUCAUCAUCAUCACGAAGCCCGCGAGCGCCAUGGCGACGGCGGGCAGCAGCUGGCCCAGCCUGCUCUGGACGCGUCCGUGCGCACGGCGGCGUCUGCGCGGCGAGACGCUGAGAUGCGCGAGGCGGCGCUGCGGGGGCGUCUGCUCCGCGCGCCAGCAGGGUCUGAGACGUGGCUCGGGCUGCUCGGGAAGGGCCCUGACUCCUCCUGCUCGGUGGCGGAAGCGGCGGCGGCGGAAGAGGAGGAGGAGGAGGAGGAGGAUGGGGGG